AUGGACCAAGUAAGUCCAUUCGGGCAAAAGACCGAUCCAAUGACUAGAGUCUGGUUGAACACCACAGAAAUGAGUGAAGACUGCCUCUACUUGAAUAUCUGGACGAACGCGAUCAAUGGAAGCAGCAGCAGCGGCAGUAGUAUUAGCGGUUCGCAACUCAAUGGACGUCCAGUGAUGGUUUGGAUUCAUGGGGGAAACUUUGUAUCAGGAUCUGCGAAUUUGGAGAUGUACAACGGAGCCAUUUUGGCUAGUGAGAUGGGAGUAAUCGUGGUGAGCAUCCAAUAUCGUUUGGGAUCCCUUGGAUUUUUGUCUCUUGGAACGCCUGGAGCACCCGGAAACCAAGGAUUGUUGGAUCAGGUGGAAGCACUUCAGUGGAUUCGUCGAAAUAUCAUCUACUUCGGUGGAAACCCCAAGCAAGUAACACUUUUUGGUCAGGGUGCCGGUGCUCUUAGCGCAUCACUUCAUCUUCUCUCACCAGUUUCCAGCCGUCUCUUCCAACAGGCCAUCCUUCAGAGCGGAUCACCGCUUACGUGGUGGGCAGUCGAAAGCGCCCAAUCAGCUAUCAGCAAGGUUCGCUCUCUGACUGUUGAUUGGCUAGCAACUGCACUUCAGGCUCGUCAGUUUGCCCAACUAAGCGGUUGCCACGGCAGCGAUGACGAAGUGGAGGCCUGUUUACGAUCUGUCGAAGCGGGAACUCUGGUUCUAAAUCAGUGGAAAAUGCAUCUUCUUCCUGAUAUGCCCUUGACAACUCGGGAGCAUCGAAUAUCCCGUCUCUACAGUCGCCGAUACAAUCCAGAGAUUUUGGGAACAGCUGGGUUGUUUUUCAACAUCACGUUUAGACCAGUUGUUUCGGAGCCAUUUUUGCCGAGAUGGCCCUACCAACUCAUUGGGUCAAAUCGUGAAGCAUUGCAACAUCGAAUUCUGCUCGGUGUCAACAAAGAUGAGGGCACGUAUGAAAUGAUCUACGGGCUUAGAAAAUACUUUCUUGCGGAGAAGAAUACACCAACGUUGCCUAAAGUAUUCUCCUCCGAUCACACUGGAAUGGAUCCGUUGGAUAUUCUGGCCUUCUACAUUAUUGAUGAGGACUUUUUACAUCCGCUGCUGCUCCAAGCCACUGCAUUCGAGUACCAGAUACCAAGUCGGGCAUUCUUUUGGAAGGAAUGGACACCGCUGCAGGUGCAGCAUGCACUGGCCGAGGUGGCAGGGGAUUACAACAUCAAGUGUCCCCUUCUUGAAUUCGCCGAUGCCUAUUCACAGGCGCCCAACAGUCAGGUUUUUCUGUACUCCUUCGAACACCAAUCCAGUGGCUGGACAUGGCCUAACUGGACGGGAGUGAUGCAGGCCUACGAGGCCGAGUACAUCUUCGGUGCACCACUUAACUUGAAGUUUCAGAUGGACUUCUACAAGUUCUCUGAUGAGGAGAGAAAGCUGAGUGCCAGCAUUAUGCAAUACUGGGCCAAUUUUGCUGCUACUGGGUCACCAAGCUUGCACCCUGACGAAUUUCACACCCGCACCAAACGCUCCCAUUGGAACAACUACGAAAUUCACCGAACUACCUUCAAGGGUGAUCUUGAAAUAGACGGUUCAAGGGAGUACCUUGUACUUGAAUUGCCCAAUCCUCGAAUUGCGCGCAAUUUGAAACGUCAUCGAUGCCUUUUCUGGCGUGAACAAUUGCCCAUGUUAAGGCAACGUCUCGUUCCAAACUCACGCUGUCAAAUGAAUCUUACGAAGGAAACGGAGCUCAAGCAGGUUAAUAAACCGGCUCCUCAACCCUUACCAGCUCCACAGACCUCCAAUUGGGAAGUCGACGCAUUUUUACGCAUUACCUCUGCAGCCGCGGCAACUAGAAGCGCAAUGGUGCUGCUUGCUUUCGCAUGCAAUCUACCUACUUAUUUCCCUCUUCAGUAG